AGUGAGGAAAUGGUAAAGCUAUUGCUGGAUCAGAGUGGCAUCAACGCGGAAUCACUAGAUAGGGAUGGCCGAACCCCUCUCUCCUACGCUGCCGAGUGGGGAAGAGUGGAAAUCGGGAAGAUGUUUCUGGAACGG